AUGAAGCUGGUUAUUGAUUCCAUCCAAGCUUCCUUCCUUACCCUCCUCCUCCUCGCCGUCGCCACGUGGCGGCUACUCCGAAGAAGAAGAACCAACAACUCCGCCGCCGGAGCCCAUCCAAACCUCCCGCCGGGCCCGUGGAAGCUGCCAAUCAUAAGCAGCAUGCACCAGCUCCUCCACCCGCUCCCCCACCGCCGCCUCCGCGACCUCGCCGCCGUCCACGGCCCGCUCAUGCACCUCCAGCUCGGCGAGGUCGGAAAGCUCGUCGUCUCGUCCCCCGAGGCCGCGAGACACGUGGUGAAAACCCACGACGUCAACUUCGCCAACCGCCCUUCCCUCCUCGCCUUCAAAGUCAUGUGCCACAACUCCACCGACGUGGCCUUCGCCCCCUACGGCGAGUACUGGCGGCAGCUGCGGCGGAUCUGCACCCUGGAGCUCCUCAGCUCCAAGCAGGUCGGGUCGUACCGGCCCAUUAGAGAACAGGAGAACGCGGAGAUGGUCCGGUCCAUUACCUCCCAGGCCCAUGGGCCGAGCCCGGUUAUCAAUCUCAGCCGGACCAUCAAGUCAUUGACCAAUACCGUCACGGCGAGGGCCGCGUUCGGAGAGAAGCUACGGAGGGAUGAGAUGGAGGAGUUCUUGGAUGUAGCCAGGCAGAGCCUGGAGGCCUCCGGAGGGUUCAGCCUGCCGGACCUGUUCCCUUCCGCCACGUGGCCUCACCUCCUCAGCGGGCUGGAGGCUAGACUGCUCAGGAUUCGUCGGAAACUUGACCGGAUUGUUGAUAAGAUCAUUGCCAACCAUCGCGCUAGGAGAAGCAUAAGGAACCGUGAAGCAGAAGAAGGAGGUCGUCAUGAUGAUCAUCGUCAUCAACAACAAGAUCUUGUCGAUGUUUUGUUGACGGCUCAGGAGGAAGGGCUGAUUGACUUCCCGUAUGCUGAUGACAGUCUCAAGGCCGUUAUUAUGGAUAUAUUCACCGCUGGAACUGAUACUUCUUCCGGAAUAGUAGAAUGGGUGAUGUCGGAGCUGCUGAGAAACCGAGGAGCUUUGAAAAAAGCACAGACCGAAGUAAGGAGGGUGUUUGGAAAAACAGGUUCCGUCAAAGAAGAAUGUCUGGGCGAGUUGAAGUACUUGAAACUGGUGAUAAAAGAAGUCAUGAGACUGCGCCCGCCCGUUCCGUUGUUGUUGCCGAGGCAAAACCUGGAACACUGUAAGAUUGACGGGUACGACAUUCCGUGCAAUACCAAGGUCAUCAUCAACGCUUGGGCCAUGGGAAGAGAUCCCGAGUACUGGACCGAUCCGGACCGGUUCGUACCGGAGAGGUUCUUGGAUUCCGUAGUGGAUUACUACGGAAAAAAUCUCGAGUUCAUUCCAUUUGGCGCCGGGAGAAGAAUGUGUCCCGGUAUAGCAUAUGGGAUGGCCAGCGUGGAACUUCCCCUGGCUAACCUGCUCUACCACUUUGACUGGAAGUCUGGUGAUGGAAAGUCACUGGAGAAUCUGGACAUGUCCGAACGUCUCGGUGCGACGUUGAAGAGGAAACAUGAUCUCUGUUUAAUCCCAAUUCCCUACAAAUCAGAUAACCCUAUGAACGAAUAG